CUUAGGGUAACUCCAGAGCUGAUUUAGAGAAACCACUGUGCGCACGAUUCAUAGCUUGGACUCUCUUCUACAGUCUGAAAAAUAUUGACUUCUGGAUUAGCCUAGAACUGGAGGGUUUCUCUGAUCCUACAUCAUGGGGACGGACUUUCCAUGGAUUUGGCUUUGACAUAAUAUUAAAGUGUCUGCUGAGUGAUGCACUCAACCACUGGGAUGAGAUCUGACAGCCUAAGGACUAAAGGUCUCAAACCAUGAAUUAUGUGGGCCAGCUGGCUGGGCAGGUGCUCGUCACUGUAAAGGAACUCUACAAGGGCAUUAACCAAGCCACGUUGUCUGGGUGCAUCGAUGUAGUCGUGGUGCGACAGCAGGAUGGCACCUAUCAGUGCUCACCUUUUCAUGUGCGCUUUGGGAAGCUGGGAGUCCUGAGAUCCAAGGAGAAAGUGAUUGAUAUAGAAAUCAAUGGCAGUGCAGUGGAUCUUCAUAUGAAAUUGGGUGAUAAUGGAGAAGCCUUCUUUGUAGAGGAGACUGAAGAAGAAUAUGAAAAACUACCUGCUUAUCUUGCCACCUCACCCAUUCCUACUGAAGACCAGUUCUUUAAAGAUAUUGACACCCCUUUGGUGAAAUCAAGUGGAGAUGAAAGACCAUCUCAGAGCUCCGACAUUCCUCACACCUUGGAGACAGAGACAGUUUUCACUCCAAGUUCUGUGAAAAAGAAGAAACGGAGGAGGAAGAAGUGCAAACAGGACAGCAGGAAGGAGGAGCCGGCCGCCUCUCCUGCGGUGGAGGACGCAUGCGAUGUGGCUGUGAGCUCGGAUGACGAGAAGGGGACCCAGACGACACGAGGAUCUUCAAAUGCUUCCUUAAAGGAGGAAGACUAUAAGGACCCUCCACUCUUCCAUUCUGGGGAUCACUACCCCUUAUCUGAUGGAGAUUGGUCCCCAUUAGAAACCACUUAUUCCCAGGCAAUGUGUCCUAAGAGUGAUUCAGAGCUGGAGGUGAAGCCAGCUGAGAGCCUACUCAGAUCUGAGUCUCACAUGGAGUGGACUUGGGGCGGGUUCCCAGAGUCUACCAAGGUCAGCAAAAGAGAAAGAUAUGACUAUCAUCCGAGGACGGCUACAAUCACACCAUCAGAAAACACUCAUUUUAGGGUAAUUCCCAGUGAAGACAGCCUCAUAAGAGAAGUUGAGAAGGAUGCUACUGUUGAAGAUACCAUCUGUACCAUAGUGAAACCCAAACCCAGAGCCCUGUGUAAGCAACUGAGCGAUGCAGCUUCUACUCAACUUCCUCAACUGCCUCUUGAAGCUCCUCAGAUUUCAUCUAUGUUAGAUGCAGACCAUGUUCCCAGCCCAUCCUCAAUAGAGGCUCCCUCAGAACCCAAACCAGCUGCUAAAGUAGACUCACCAACAAAGAAGAAAGGUGUUCACAAAAGAAGUCAGCACCAGGGACCUGAUGACAUUUACCUUGAUGACUUAAAGGCUCUUGAGCCUGAAGUGGCAGCUCUCUAUUUCCCUAAAAGUGACACAGACCCUGGCUCCCGACAGUGGCCCGAGUCCGACACCUUCUCUGGUUCUCAGUCCCCACAGUCUGUGGGAAGUGCAGCUGCAGACAGCGGCACCGAGUGCCUCUCAGACUCUGCCAUGGACUUGCCGGAUGUCACUCUCUCCCUCUGUGGAGGCCUCAGUGAGAAUGGAGAGAUUUCUAAAGAAAAGUUCAUGGAGCAUAUCAUCACUUACCAUGAGUUUGCAGAAAACCCUGGCCUUAUCGACAACCCGAACCUGGUAAUACGGAUAUAUAACCGUUACUACAAUUGGGCUUUGGCCGCUCCCAUGAUCCUUAGCUUGCAAGUAUUCCAGAAGAGUUUGCCUAAGGCCACGGUCGAGUCCUGGGUUAAAGACAAGAUGCCAAAGAAAUCUGGUCGGUGGUGGUUUUGGCGUAAGAGAGAAAGCAUGACCAAACAGCUGCCAGAGAGCAAAGAGGGAAAAUCUGAGAUCCCGCCGACAAGUGACCUGCCUUCCAGUGCUGAGGAGCCAACCAGUGCCAGUUUGCUGUUGGAUAGGCCUGCAGAGAAUGAUACUUCUAGUGACGAGGGGUCACAGGAGUUGGAAGAAACAAUCAAAGUUGACACCAUCUCCAUCGAGACACUGAGUCACUGUGGCACAGCUUCAUAUAAGAAGUCUCUCCGACUCUCCUCGGACCAGAUAGCAAAAUUGAAGCUGCAUGAUGGCCCCAAUGACGUGGUGUUCAGUAUUACAACCCAGUAUCAGGGCACCUGUCGCUGUGAGGGUACCAUUUACCUGUGGAACUGGAAUGACAAAGUCAUCAUCUCUGACAUCGAUGGAACAAUAACGAAGUCUGACGCAUUGGGACAGAUUCUCCCACAACUGGGUAAAGACUGGACUCAUCAGGGUAUAGCGAAGCUCUACCAUUCUAUCAAUGAGAACGGUUACAAGUUUCUAUACUGUUCCGCACGUGCCAUUGGCAUGGCCGACAUGACCCGUGGCUAUCUGCACUGGGUCAAUGACAAGGGCACGAUCCUGCCCCGAGGCCCUCUGAUGCUGUCUCCCAGCAGUUUGUUCUCUGCCUUCCACAGGGAAGUGAUAGAAAAGAAACCAGAGAAGUUCAAAAUUGAGUGUCUGAAUGAUAUUAAGAACCUCUUUGCCCCGUCCAAGCAGCCCUUCUAUGCUGCCUUUGGAAACCGUCCUAACGAUGUCUAUGCUUACACACAAGUCGGAGUUCCAGACUGUAGAAUAUUCACCGUGAAUCCAAAGGGUGAAUUAAUACAAGAAAGGACCAAAGGAAACAAGUCAUCGUAUCACAGGCUGAGUGAGCUUGUGGAACACGUGUUCCCACUCCUCAGUAAGGAACAGAAUUCUGCCUUUCCCUGCCCAGAGUUCAGUUCCUUCUGCUUCUGGCGAGACCCAAUCCCUGAUGUGGACCUGGAUGACCUAGCUUGAACAGGGCCUGUAUGGCAAGAUGGGGUCACUGUCACUCACCUCUAAGCAGGGAAGGUAACUGGCCCUCUUGCAGAUGAAGAUCCAGGGGCUGGCAGUCAGGAACCUGCUUUCCAGAACAGGGACAGGGUCCCCGAAGCUGGCACUGCCACCCUCAUUCACCUUCCCAGGCCACCACUCAGCACCUGGACAGAGGAAUAAGGGACUCAGCCUGAGGUACAAGCCUGUGCUCCAUUCCAUGGGGUCCCUCACAUGCUUCCUGUGGAGGUGUGUGCUGUGCACCACUCACCUGCAUAACUUAACAUGGAAGAAGUCAGAAACUGAAAAAGAAUGGACCAGCACAUGACUACACACAGUAAAGAGUUAAAAUUUC